CCAGGGACUGCCCCACUGCCCCCUUGGCUUCCCUCCUGCAUGGAUGCAGGAUCAGGUCCUCGGUCAACAGAGCUUGCUUGUGAAUUACGGCUGGGAGAUAAGCCAAAGAAGGAACAGCUGGAAAGAGACCCAGCUGUUGACAGUGAGCCUUCAGAGUCCCAUAUACACCAAGGAGAAAGGAAAGGGGGGGCUGACUGGAGCUUUAGUGGUGCCAAAGCAAGACAGAAAAAAGGGGCAGGCUUUCACCUAUUUCAGAGUGUUCUUGGUACAACAGUGAUCCCAUUAUGCGGAACAAAUGAAACUGACAACUGUACAACUGCUCUGGUUCGAACACAACACAGUCCACGUGUGGCUCAAGUUGAGAUCACAAGUUGCAGGUCUGAAAUGCAAAACUACUGCUUUAAUGGGCAGUGCAUAUACCUUGUCAGCUUGAAUGCGCACCACUGCAGGUGUCAUAAAGGCUAUUUUGGUGACAGAUGCAGCCAUUCCACUUUGGAUUCAAAGCUGGUCAUACAGCCUCUGAGCAAUGAAUAUUUGGCACUCACUAUUAUUUUGGUUAUGUUGUUCUUCAUUGCAAUUUUAGUUGCAAGCUACUACUUCUACAGAUGGUACCAGAACAAGAAGGGGAGACUUGCUGCAAGCAGGAACUACAGAGAAGUUGCUACAGAGACUAAAAAAGACAACAAGUUGCUUCACGUGUGAAUUCCAGGAUUUCUAGAAGCCAUUUAUUUAAUAUUAUUAAAUAUUUUAUUAAUAGUAUUUAUGUGCGAAGCAAAAUAAUUUCAAAAUGAUGCUGAUCAGAGUACAUGUACAGGUCAAAAGGGCUAUUUUUUAUAAACAAUAUUUUUAUUUGUAUUUUAUAUUUUAUCUUAUUUCUGUGCAAUGUUUGAUAACAUAAUGCUGUGAUGUCUUCCAUUCCUGUAUGUGAAAAUAAAUAUAUAUGAAUAUGCAUAUAUGUAUAAUAUCCACAUAAAAGAAUGCAAUCUUCUCACUGCUUGUACUUGAUGCACUUUUGAAAUACAUGGUUUUGUAUUUUGUUCACUUGAAGAAACUCAGUACAUGUAUGAGGAUUAAAUCUUCCCAUCCUUUCUAAUCAA